AUGGAUGAACGGUUCCUAUCUCGACUUGAAUGCUUGACAAGCGACAACUUGGAUGAACAUAUAUUUGAGCUUUAUUCAGAAAAUGCACCACCAAGCAACUUGGGGUUCCUCAACAAGUCAGUAGAUACCAUCGCAGUGACUCUUCCGCAAAGUCACACCCAAUUGCAAAUCAACCAAUCGAUAUCUCAAUUAUCGACCAGGACAACUACAAGCACGACAGGGUUUAUAUGCUGGCAAGUAUCAGUUUAUCUUGCCGAUUGGCUCCUCUCUGACACUUGUCCCAUAAAGCUCAAGAAAUCCUACAAGGUCUUGGAGCUUGGAGCAGGCGUAGGAGGGAUAUGCGCAUCGACUUUGGCGAGCAAAGUGGGCCAUUACAUCGCCACGGACCAAAAACACAUCCUCAAACUUUUGAAACAGAACAUCGCCGCCAAUGCUGGCAACUUCCACAGUUCUACAAUCACAGUAGACACCACCAGCAAGAAAAUCCCCAGUAGGAAACUAAACGCGCCCACCAUCAUCGACGUGGUGGAGUUUGACUGGGAAGAUAUCGAACGGGGCAAGUACAACUUAAGCCAAGUCGCUGGAGAACAGCGUGUCGAGGUGGUGAUUGCGUGCGAUACUAUAUACAACGAGUACUUGGUUGAGCCAUUUACUAAUGCAAUGAAAGCGCUCUUGACGACGCCAGGCUCGAUUGCAGUGGUGGCGGUGCAAUUGAGAGAUGCUGUCACGAUGGAGCACUUCGUCUCUGCGUUGGUGUCGGAUCUGCGCUUGUCUGUGUUUACAUUUCCUCGUCAUUUGUUGAGUGAGGAGCUCCAAAUUGGGUUUGAGGUUUACUGCGUCAAAUUAUCUGGCUCACUGUAG